AAAACAUAUGCAGAUCUUUACUUUUAUAUAGUUAGGGGCUCGCGUCAGAUGGCUUAGUAUCGCUUGGUAACUUCAGCGCGCAUCAACAUGGCUUCAGCGAAACUGAUACUUUUCACUGCAUUGGUUGCCAUUAUGGCGGCUAGCUGCUCCGGAGGUCUUUUGGACUAUAUUUAUCCGACGCUUAUGACGGAGUUCUAUAAUCAAGUACCCACCAAAGAGGGCUACCGUUUCAACUUGGAGGAACCCAAUGGCAGCAAGCGGGAGGAAAUCGGUGUUAUUAUGAAUCCUGGUACGGAUAAGGAAGAACUGGUUGUAAUGGGCUCAUACUCCGUCUAUGAUGAGAAGACUGAUACCGAGACUGUUACUAUGUACACGGCUGAUAAGGAUGGCUACAAGUCGCGCUAUCAGCUGAAGAACCGUAAACUGAGCCCUGGCGCUUUGAAGUCCGCUGCUGGAUAAAAACCUUGGUGUUUUACAAUAAUUCGUAGAUAAAAAUAAAAAACUAUUGGUCACCCUGAAAA